AUGGGGAAGAAAAGCAAGAAAGAGAAAAAAGGCCGCGGGGCCGAGAAGACGGCCGCCAAGAUGGAGAAGAAGGUGUCCAAGCGCUCGCGGAAGGAGGAGGAAGACCUUGAAGCUCUGAUAGCCCAUUUCCAGACGCUGGAUGCUAAAAAGACUCAGACGGUGGAAAUAGCGUGUCCCCCUCCUUCUCCAAGGUUAAAUGCAUCACUCUCUGCUCAUCCUGAGAAAGACGAGUUGAUCCUUUUCGGAGGUGAAUAUUUCAAUGGCAAAAAAACGGUUCUGUACAACGAGCUCUAUACCUACAACAUCAGAAAGGAUACGUGGACGAAAGUCGAAAUCCCCAACCCACCUCCCCGGCGCUGUGCUCACCAGGCUGUGGUGGUGCCCCAGAGCGGCGGUCAGCUGUGGGUCUUUGGAGGGGAGUUUGCCUCUCCCAAUGGGGAGCAGUUCUACCACUAUAAGGAUCUCUGGGUGCUGCACUUGGCCACCAAGACCUGGGAGCAAGUCAAGUCGGCAGGGGGCCCCUCAGGUCGGAGUGGACACCGGAUGGUCGCCUGGAAGAGACAUCUCAUCGUCUUUGGCGGUUUCCAUGAGAGCACGAGAGACUAUGUCUACUUCAAUGAUGUCUACGCCUUUAACUUGGAAACCUUCAUGUGGACCAAGCUGUCUCCAUCAGGAGUGGGGCCCUGCCCACGGUCUGGCUGCCAGCUCUCUGUCACUGCCCAGGGUGGCAUCGUCAUCUAUGGAGGCUACUCAAAACAGAGAGUCAAAAAGGACGUGGACAGGGGCACCCUGCACUCAGACAUGUUCCUGCUGAAGUCUGAGGACGAAAAGGAAGGCAAAUGGGUGUGGACGCGGAUUCACCCUUCAGGAGUCAAGCCCACCCCGCGGUCUGGCUUUUCGGUGGCCAUGGCCCCGAAUCAUCAGACGCUGCUCUUUGGCGGGGUGUGUGACGAGGAAGAAGAGGAGAGCCUGGAGGGUGACUUCCUCAAUGACCUGUACUUCUACGACACCACCAGGAACCGCUGGUUCACAGGGCAACUCAGGGAACCCAAGUCUGAGAGGAAGAAGAGACGGCGAGGCAGAAAAGGAGAGCCCCGUGGUGGAGACGAGCUGGCAGGAGCCGAGCCCAGCCCCCAGGGGCCCCUGGAGGUGGUCCAAGAGGUGACCACCGAGGAUGGGACCGUGAUCACCAUCAAGCAAGUGCUCCCUGCACCAGAGCCAGAGGGCAGGCCUUUGUCUGAGGACGAGCAUGGUGUGGAAGAGGCUGGGACACCCGUGGUCAUGCCCAGCCCCCGUUCUAACGCCAUGUUGGCCGUGAAGCAUGGGCUGCUCUAUGUCUACGGGGGCAUGUUUGAGGCGGGGGACCGCCAGUUCACCCUUGGUGACCUCUACUGCCUUGACCUGCAGAAGAUGGCAGGCUGGAAAGCCCUGGUGGAGAUGGACCCAGAUACGCAGGAGUGGUUGGAGGAGACAGACUCGGAGGAGGAUGGAGACUCGGAGGAGGACGGACACGAGGAAGAGGAGGACACAGGAGAGCAGAGCAGCGAGGAGGGUGCAGAUGAGGGGCCCCCGCUGGUGGAGCGCACAGAGAGCUAUGUAGACUACCUGGGCAGGACGGAGCAACACUGGGUGGCCUGGGCCCGAGAGAGCUUGGGCCCUGAUGCCAAGGAGAAGACGGUGCUGAGAGCCGCCCAGGCGAAGGCAAAGCAGUUCUUUGAUGGUUCAGUUCCAGCGCGACCCUGA